AUGUUUCAGAUUCCUCUCGUUCUCGCCGUCCAUGGCUUCGAGUCCAUGGAAUGUGUCGACCACCUGGAUUGCCCACUUCCCGGCCAAUCUUGUGUUUAUGGUCAAUGUCGUGUCGUCAGGGAAUUCGCUGGCGAUGAUGCUCCAGAUUCUGCUCCAGAAUCUGACCAAUGCCAUCCGGAAUGCCCAGACAACUACAAUUGUAUCAAUGGAAAAUGCGUCCGUUAUGUCGAAGAGCCCCGUGGAAGAGUGAAGAAGAGUUGGCCAGAAUGUUUUGCCUAUUUGGAUUGCCCGCUAUUAAAUUUGUGUGUUGUCGGAUUCUGUGUUGGCCCAUAA